AUGUGUAUAAGAGACCUCCCCCAUCCUCCCCCCAAAAUUUGCGGGAUCCCCGCCGUCGCUGCGGCGUCCAAGUUCACCGCUCCUGUACACAUCGACGUAGGAGGCGCCAUCUACACAUCUUCCCUGGAGACACUCACUAGGUUUCCUGAGUCGAAACUCGCGCGCCUUUUCAACGGCAGCAUCCCCAUUGUGCUGGACUCGCUCAAGCAGCAUUACUUUAUUGACAGGGAUGGCAAGAUGUUCAGACAUCUGUUGAACUAUAUGCGUCACGGUCGCUUGCUUCUACCCGACGAUUUCUCCGACUUCGAUUUGCUGUUAGAAGAAGCCAGAUUUUUUGAACUGUCAGGUUUGGUUCGUCAGAUUGAAGAGUUGCGGAGACAGAGGAAUUUCAGAAGCAAACAACAAAUCUACAACAACAACAAUAACAUCAGCAGCAGCAGCAGUAACUGCAACAGUAGCGGCAGUAACUGCAACAGUAGCGGCAGUAACUGCAUUUCAGAGUCUGAAGGCGUGACUUCAUGUGGAGGAAAUUUCGUUAACGGCGUUAAAAAGGAAAACUGCGCCCACGAUGUGGUUGCCAUCAACGUGUCCCCGGACCUGGGGGAGCGGGUGAUGGUGAGUGGGGAGCGGGGGGUGGUCGAGGAGCUCUUCCCCGAGGUUGCGUGUGACGUCAUCGAGGGGAGGGGGGCCAUGGCCUGGAACCACGACCCCAAGUUCAUCAUCAGGUUCCCCCUGAACGGCUACUGCAAGCUGAACUCCAUGGAGGCGGUGCAGCGACUCCUGAGCGCCUCCUUCAGAGUCCUCGCCAGCAACGGCGGCGGGGUAGAGGGCCAGCAGUUCUCAGAGUACAUAUUCUACCGUCAGCGCUUCUGAGCACCAGCCGUGCUGAGGGCCAGCAGUUCUCUGAGUACAUCUUCUACCGUCAGCGCUUCUGAGCGCCAGCAGUGCUGAGGGCAGCAGUUCUCUGAGUACAUCUUCUACCGUCAGCGCUUCUGAGCGCCAGCAGUGCUGAGGGCAGCAGUUCUCUGAGUACAUCUUCUACCGUCAGCGCUUCUGAGCGCCAGCAGUGCUGAGGGCAGCAGUUCUCUGAGUACAUCUUCUACCGUCAGCGCUUCUGAGCACCAGCAGUGCUGAGGGCAGCAGUUCUCAGAGUACAUAUUCUACCGUCAACGCUUCUGAGCACCAGCAGUGCUGAGGGCCAGCAGUUCUAUUUUCGCUUUAAAUGGAUAUUUUCACAACAAAUUCGCAGCAGUUUUAAAGGAAGAACGUAAUAAACAAUAUGAAAAGAAAAAAGAAUAAUAAUAAAUAAUUAGGCUGUAAUGAUAAAUAAGCUGGACUAAAUUACUAUUUGCAAAAAGGGCAAGUUUAAUUGAAAGCAUUGAAAACUUAGUGUGUAAUAGCCAUUUAAUCUGACAUUGUUAUUGUUUUAGAAGUUAUUUACACGCUGGGCUUGUGUUGUAGCAACAUUUGUGCUGGGGCCACAUUUGUGCUGGGGCCAUAUUUGUGCUGGGGCCACAUUUGUGCUGGGGCCACAUUUGUGCUGGGGCCACAACUGGGCUGGGGCCACAUUUGUGCUGGGGCCACAUUUGUGCUGGGGCCACAUUUGUGCUGGGGCCACAUUUGUGCUGGGGCCACACUUGUGCUGGGGCCACAUUUGUGCUGGGGCUGAUGUCUGUGCCAUAAUUACGUAAGUUUCCAAUGUUCCUCCAUCAUCAAAUGUUAGAUCAUUUCUAUCGAAAUCAUCAAAUGAUAAAACCAUUAAUUGAAUUAAAACCGUUAAUUAAAAACCAAUAAUAAUAUUGCACGACAUACCAACAAAUAAUUGGAUUAUAAUAUAUUAAUAUACAUGGUAUAAAAUCCCACCUCCCCUUCACUAAAUAUUGAGUUCCGUGCGAGAACUAAGAUAAUUAAAAUACACUAUAUACUUUUUGUCAUCAUAUGUGUACAUAAUGGCAUGCUUUAUGAUGCUGCACACAAUGUGUAAUUCAGUGCUGUACACUCCCACAUAAAUGAAUGGGUUAAAUUGACCUAAUAACGACACACUUUUUACCUACAGCACUAACAGAAAGCGGACGUACGGUAGCACUGCUACGCUCAUAUAAGUGGGCCAAACUGGGUCAGAAUGACCCACGCAAGGGUAAAAAGUGCAUCGUUAUUUGGACAAAGUCCCAUUCAUUUGUCCGCUGCAGUUUAUGUGUUAGUUGUGAUUUUCAAGGUGAAAGCGAUUGGCAAAAAGUUAAUUUUUGGCCACCUGACAUCUGCUCUAGGAACUUAUACUCAAAUAAAUGAGUGAGAUUUUGUCCAAAUUUCGAUGCACUUUUUGCCC